AUGUCUUCUACACCCACUAUGGUCGAGCUAGAUGACUUUGGCGCACGGUUCAAAAUCUCGGCCCGCAAUUCCUCGCGUUCGCACUCCCUGGGGCAAACAUAUGCACCUCUGGCGUUUGGUCAGCCCGCCAUUGGAAGACCACAUAUGGGACCGCAAGAGCGCUGGAUGUCUAAAUUGAAUGUCAGUGAGAAUAGCGAGCAGUCUGGCCGCAAACCCUCUGUCGACCAAGCAUCGGUCGCAGAUUCAACAGCGACCCUAGAUCUAGGCUACCACAUCAUCGGCCAGCCAUCACGGCACGAAAAGCACCCCUCAACGUCAACAGGCCAUCAAACAUUUGACCAGAGAUCUCUCAGCACCCUCUCCCUGGACCAACAGUCCAUCGGAAACCAAUCGCUAGGUCACCAUUCUAUAGUGGGGCCAUCGGGUGGCUAUCUCGCAUCGAUCUCUUCAUUGACCCGUGAUCUACACUCAUCUGCGUCCAACAGAUCGGUACAACGCGAUUUUGUUACCAAUGAAUUCCCGAUUCUUCGGCAGACAAAUUCUAACGAGGAUUCUGAGCAAUUCAACCCCACGUUUGAAAAAAAUGGAGACGCUUUUGAUCUGGUCGCUCCAUACAAGGGCGAUGAAACCCCACAACAUACCCUAGAGCGACAAUCAGACCUCAUGUUCUGCUCGGACCAUAUGCUCGCGAUUCUGAGAAAUCCACGCUCCCUCACGCGCUUUCGCGAGUUCCUCGCCCAGGAGCGUCCCGGCUCAAUUUCGACACUGACUUACUAUCUAAAUGCUUCCAAAGCCCUGAAAGCAAUUCAAUAUGCGAAUGCGCUCAUUCGUCAGUCUAUUGAUAUACCUACAUCCGGAAUUCAAACAGCAAAGCACCCCGUUGGUCCGACUGCAAAUAUUGCCCUUGAACAGCGUGUACAGGUAGCUCUGGAUGCUCUGACCGCUGAGGAAUUACCUGCGUUUAUUACUUCUACGUUCAUCAACAUUACCGGCAAGGUGGUCGAGGGCCAUGUACGCGGAAUGCUGCCUGAUAUGUCCAAGGGAACGGCAGAUGCACUGGGUGAGGUGUUCUGUCUCACCGAUCCAUCGCGGCCAGAUAACCCUGUUAUUUUUGCUUCUGGGGAAUUUCACCGCACCACACAAUAUGACAUGGACUACGUUCUCGGACGAAACUGUCGAUUCUUACAAGGGCCGAAGACAAAUCGCAACAGUGUUCGACGAAUCCGAGAAGCCGUCAAAGCUGGGCGACACCAUUCCGAGCUUUUCCUGAACUACCGUCGGGAUGGCUCACCGUUCAUAAACCUCCUCCAAGUGGCUCCGCUAUGCGACAGUCGCGGUAACGUCCGCUACUUCCUCGGCGCUCAAAUCGACGUCUCUGGUCUCGUAAUGGAAGGCGCUCAGAUGGAAUCCCUCCAAGACAUGCAAGCGCAAAAGGAAAGCACAAAGACGGGCGGCCAAACAAUCAAAGAAUCGAAAAGCGAGUUCCAAGAACUAAGCGAACUCCUCAGUCCACGCGAGCUACAGAACGUACGCGAGCAUGGCGGAAACCUAUUCCAGCCGAUCAUCAACGAAGAUUCCAAUCACCGUCUAUUCUUCCAAGACUCCGACACCGAGAGCGAGAUCCACUCCCCAUCCCAGGAGCCACAGAACCCCACGCCCCGCCCAGCUCCAAGUCUAUCCUUGACCGGUGUCUACAAAAAGUACCUCCUCGUCCGCCCAUAUCCAUCUCUCAGAAUCCUCUUCACUUCCCCCUCCCUCCAAAUCCCAGGCAUGGUCCAAUCAUCACUCCUAAACCGCAUCGGGGAGACAGGCACAAAGCGAGAUAAUAUACUCAACGCCAUGAUCGCUGGAAGAAGUGUCACGGCGCGUGUGAAGUGGAUGACCAAAUUCAAUAACCAGGGCCGUCAUCGCUGGAUACACUGUACCCCAUUGCUAGCGGAUAACGGCGAGAUUGGUGUCUGGAUGGUUGUUGUUAUUGAUGAUGAUGAUGACGAACGUCCGGUUACAUCGCAGGGUAAUUGGCCGACUGUUAUUAGUUAG